CCCAUCCUCCGAAACGUGAGGGUUCCGCCAACUCUCCGCAUCGUCUCCUCCCUGCUCCCUCCUCUCCCAUGUCGCUGCCCUCAAGCCCGCGCCCCUCCACCUCAUCUCCUCUCCGCUCCCUCCUCUCCAACGCCGCCGCCCUUGAUGCGCCGUUAGGGACGCCGUCGACACUACGUAGCGGUGGAGCUCAGUCUACUCCUAACCCUAUUCGCUCGAUUGACAAGACCAGGGCGACAGAUUGGAUCUAGGGCGCCCGCAUGGCCUCGCCGCCGCUGCCGGCUGGAUUCGCUAGCCGCCGCUUGGAGUCACCCUGGCUGCCGCCUCGAGUCACAUCCGUCGCCGCCGCGAAUCAGCUCCACCGUUGCGGUCAGGAAUCCCGUCCAGGCAAGGAAUUUGAUUGACGGAGGCAUCACUAUCUGGCGCUGGAUUAUACAUCACGUUCUGCACUCGCUCCGCAGAUGGGAGGAAACAGUGACGACAAGGCAGUUGUUAUGCAGAUAAUGAUGUUUUUGGCUGGAAUCAACACCCUUCUACAGAGUUUCUUUGGUACCCGAUUGCCUGCGGUGAUUGGUGGAUCAUACACCUUUGUUCUACCUACCAUUUCGAUCAUACUUGCGGGACACUACACCAACGAACCAGAUACACACCAUAUGUUGAAAAGAAGGAAUUCCUCAAAAUCAUGCGUGGAACACAAGGUAUCGCAAGGCAUUCAGACGGUCGUUCUACCUACAGGUCUGCCUUAUAUCUACAGGUAUAUCCAUGCAUUCUUUAUUCUUUUUUUGCAGUGACCUACUGAUCUUCGUGAUUUAGUUUAGUGCUAGAGUUAGCAAAAUCUACUGAUCUUAUGUCUUUGUCAUGUUCCCCUUGUUUGGGUGGUCUACCUUUGGCUAUGAAUGUACGUAUAUUAUUGUCAUGUUCCCCUUAUCCCUGCAUCACUGAACAAUGCUGGCAAACUAAUGUCCCUUUGCCCUAUGUAAUGGUGUUACAGACUGCCAUUUGUUUUGUCGAGCUUACUAACUGAUUUUUUUUACAUUAUCAUGAAUAUGCUUUAGGCGUGCCUCUUCUCUGUUUCGGUGAAACAAGGUUUAGGGAACUCUUUUUAAAGACAUGUGUAUACAGAACACAUGUUUCAUCGUCUUCGCUUUUUUUCAUGAGUUGUUGAAAAGAUCUUAUGAAGCUUGAUUGAUAAUGUUUCAACUCAGAUGAAGUGGUCUAUAUGAUAAGCUUUUGCAGAUCCUGGGGAUCGUUAUACCUUCUGUACAAUUCUCUGUUCUGGAUUCAAAUAGUUUGGGAGUGUUGCAUGCCCAGUCUUUUCUAAACCUUGCUAAGUUUCUCCAUGUCCAGUCUUUUCUUCUAAGAAAAAACUCUUUUGUUGCAUCCACAUUAACCAUAUGUAUUUCCAUUUUCAUUUUUGAAUUGUAAACUGUAGCUGCUUAAAACUUUGGUAUAAAAUAAAGCCCUUAUUGGUAAAUGAGACACGUUAUUAGCAAUGUUUCACAUUUUCUUACUUGCAAUACCAUGCUUGCCUGUUCAGGUCUUCCAAGACCUAAAUCAUGAAAUCCAGCACAUACAACACCUUUUUUUAAACUUCGGUUACCCUGACACAAGCCUCCGUUCAAUUUUCUUAUACGGAGGGGUUAGAAAUAGUUACCUUACGUGCUUGCUUUCAAAACUACAUCUACUGAUAAAUGUUUUUUUUUUCAAACCACACUGGGUAUCAUGGAUGGAUGAGGUUGUGGCAGUAGUUCGUGGGUGCCUUAUCUAUCUUGAUAAAGCGAUCGAUCAUGGCGCAUUGGAGGCAGAACAAGAGAAAAGCUUUGGGCGUCUGUGGUGUUGAACAUUCAGUGUUUAUGUGCUUUGUACAUGCACGACUAGUCCAUGUUGAAAGAAUAGAAGCAGAAGUGUGGAGAUGAUGUAAUUGGUCAGUCAGGAAAUUCAGUCUCAAUGAGCUCAACUAACGACAUGUGUGAGUUGAGCCUGAGGUCAUUUUCAAAGUAACAGAAGUAUUUUACUUUC